AUGAAGGCCGACCUGCUCCUGGCAAAAGAGAAGGGCACAACAGCUUUGACGGCUUUCGUAGAAGAAAGACUGGUGACAAAUUCAACAGGAUUCUUUCAAACACUCCCCAAACUAAAGGUAGGAAGUUUCCGUGAUGCACAGAAGAAGACCUCUGUAACAGCAGGAGACAGGAACUUCAUAAUCAGAUCAGAGAGGAACUUAUUUGCCCGCCUUCUAGUCAUUGAACAGAGUUGCCAGAUGGACCUCAAAGACUUGCUGAGUCACGAGCUUGGUCCCCUUCCAUGGUCGUUGGCUUCAUCCGAUGGUUCAUUAGCCAAGACAAACAAAGCCAUUCUUUCCAAGCUUCUCGAAAAUGGAGUAGAAUGCCUGCCUACUUUACCUGAUCUGACAACAGCUGUCAUCAUACACGCUAUGGCGAUGCUGCAGACGCUAGUAAGGAUACCUAACAGAUUUUCUAAGCUGGUAGACAUGGUGAUGACCAGAAUUCUGAUAGAGGCUGGACGGGCAGCAAGAAUCGACUUUGUAGGAGAUCAAUAUACAGCUAACUCAAUUAAAAACACCGAGAAUAACAAGCGAGGCAGAGAUGGCGAGAUAGUCAUCAACAUUACC